UUGUUUCAGCAAGGAAAUCAGUCAUCAACUUUGGAACAGUCCUGCCGCGAUCACUCACUACAAGGAUUUCCUCUGAUAACGGGAGCUGGACUAAAACGUUAAAAUGUAUAGCGGAGUGUUUCUACUGAUGCUGGUCGUCGGGAUCUACGCUGAUACUAUGGACCAAGGGCCAACAGCUGGCUGUACCUUUGACGAUGACUCUGACCCUGGGCUGUGUGAGUACAAGCAGGGACAGGAGGACGACUUUGACUGGCAGCUGAUGAGGACAUACAACUGGCCACACACAACCCCAGACCUGCUGCGAGGGUCGUUCAUGAUGGUGAACUCGUCCCAGCAUGCCGCGGGGCAGCGGGCCCACCUCCUCCUCCAUUCGCUGAGUGAGAACGACACACACUGCAUCCAGUUCAGCUACUUCCUGUACAGCCGUGACGGCCAUUCCCCCGGGGACCUGCAGCUCUACAUCCGGGUCAAUGGGGGGCCGCGGGGCAGCGCCGUCUGGAACGUCUCCGGGUCACACGGACGCCAGUGGCACCAGGUGGAGCUAGCCGUCAGCACAUUCUGGCCCAGCGAAUACCAGGUGGUGUUUGAAGCAUCCGUCUCAGCAGAACGGCGAGGCUACAUCGCCAUUGACGACAUCCUGCUGCUCAAUUACCCCUGCUACAAGGUUCCCCACUUCUCUCGGCUGGGGGAUGUGGAGGUCAAUGCAGGGCAGAAUGCCACCUUCCAGUGUGUCGCCACGGGCAAAACUACAGAGACAGAACCCUUCCUACUGGAGCGUCGUAACGGUGUGGUUGUGGCGGCGUCCUUUAUCCAGCGUCUGAGCCACAAGCGUCUCAUGGCCACCUUCCAGGUGGAGGCUGAGAGAGGGGAGCAGGACCUAUAUCGCUGCAUCACAGAGUCCACCCGCGGAGCUGCCGUGUCUAACUUCGCCGAGCUCAUUGUCAGAGUGCCCCCCACCCCCAUCGCUCCCCCCCAGCUGCUCCGGGCUGGCCCCACCUACCUGAUCAUUCAGCUCAACACCAACUCCAUUGUGGGGGAUGGCCCCGUGAUCCGCCGCGAGAUCGAGUACCGGGCCAGCCAAUCACCAUGGUCGGAGACGCACGGUGUGGGCUCGCUCACCUAUAAGGUGUGGCAUCUGGAGCCGGACACAGAGUACCGUAUCAGUGUUUUACUGACCCGGCCAGGGGAGGGAGGGACAGGGGCGCCUGGACCCCCCCUGGUCAGCAGGACCAAGUGUGCAGAGCCGAUGCGUGCGUUGCGAGGCCUCACAGCCACAGAGAUCCAGCCUCGUCAACUAGCCUUACAGUGGGAACCUCUGGGCUACAACCUGACGCGCUGCCACACCUACUCUGUCUCUCUCUGCUACCGCUACUCCACGCCUGCAGGGGGCAGCGCAGGGAACAACGCCACAGUGAGGGAGUGUCUCUCCGUGGAGAGGAACCAAUCACACUUCACCCUGAGGGACCUGCCCCCGUUCCGCUCCGUCUACGUCCGGCUGGCGCUGGAAAACCCAGAAGGCAAGAAGGAGAACAGAGAGGUCACCUUUCAGACCGAGGAGGACAUUCCUGGUGGCAUCGCCCCAGAGUCACUGACUUUCACCCCAUUGGACGAUUUGAUCUUUCUGAAGUGGGAGGAGCCUGUGGAGCCCAAUGGGGUCAUCACACAGUAUGAGAUCAGUUACCAGGGCAUUGAGUCAUCCGACCCGGGUAUCAACGUACCGGGCCCUCGCCGUACUGUCUCCAAGCUGAGGAACGAGACAUACCACAUGUUCUCUGGCCUACACCCCGGCACCACCUACCUGGUGUCUGUUAGAGCUCGCACCACCAAAGGCUUCGGACAGACCGCCCUCACUGAGAUCACCACCAACAUCUCCGCCCCAGUGUUUGACUAUGAGGACAACCCAGCCCCACUCAGUGAGUCAGAGAGUACCAUCACUGUGCUGCUGAGACCAGCGCUGGGCAGAGGAGCACCAGUCAGUACAUACCAGGUGGUGGUAUUAGAAGAGGACGGUUCUAGGCGGGUCAGGAGGAGGAGGGAGCUGGGUAGCGGGUCAGACUGUUUCCCUGUGCCAGCGUCCCAGGUGGAGGCCCAGUCUAAGGGGACGCCUCACUACUACACGGCUGAGCUGCCCCCCUCCAGUCUCCCUAAGGCCACUCCAUUCACAGUAGGGGACAACCACACCUAUAACGGCUACUGGAACACUCCCCUGGACCCCUCCAAGAACUACCUAGUCUUCUUCCAGGCUACAAGCUACUUCAGAGGGGAAACGAGAAUUAACUGCAUCCGGAUUGCCCGUAAAGCUGCCUGUAAGGACCAUAAGAGGGCCCUGGAGGUGUACCAACAUGCAGAGGACAUGGGUCUGAUCCUGGGGGCCUGUGCUGGGGGACUGGUGGUCCUCAUUCUGCUGCUGGGGGCCAUUGUCAUCAUCAUCAAGAAGGGCAGGAAGAAGGUAGCGCUGAACAAGGCAGCCAUGUCGUACCGUCAGGAGAAGACCAGGAAGCUAGGUUCUCUGGACUGCAGCAUGACAGAGCAGAGCACCCUGCAGCAGGACAGGCACACCGCUAACUCCUUCAUGGACGCCCACACCUGCAACACACGGAAUGAACAGAGGAGUUCAGUGAACGAGUCCAGCAGCCUGUUGGGUGGUUCCCCACGACGGCACUGCCGUAGGAAGAGCUCUCCGUACCACACGGGUCAACUUCACCCCGCGGUCAGGGUGGCAGACCUCCUCCAACACAUCAACCAGAUGAAGACUGGAGAGGGAUACGGUUUCAAACAGGAGUAUGAGAGCUUCUUUGAUGGAUGGGAUGUCACCAAGAAGAAGGACAAGACUAAAGGGAGACAUGACAGUUUGCUGGGGCAUGAUCAUCAUCGAGUCAAGCUACACUCCCUCCUAGCAGACCCCAACUCUGACUAUGGCAAUGCCAACUACAUAGACAUCCGGAUAAACAGGGAAGGGUACCAGCGAUCAAACCACUUCAUAGCCACCCAAGGCCCCAAGCAGGAGAUGAUCUAUGACUUCUGGAGGAUGGUGUGGCAGGAGAAUUGCUUCAGUAUCGUCAUGAUCACUAAACUGGUGGAGGUGGGCAGGAUGAAGUGCUGUAAGUACUGGCCUGAGGACAGUGAACUCUAUGGAGACAUCAAGAUCACACUUCUGAAGACGGAAACACUGGCCCAGUACACCGUCCGCACCUUUGCUAUGGAGCGGAGGGGCUACCCAGCCAAACAUGAGGUGUGUCAGUUCCACUUCACCUCCUGGCCAGAGCAUGGCGUUCCCUACCACGCCACAGGCCUGCUGGCCUUCCUUCGCCGGGUCAAGGCCUCCACACCCCCCGACGCUGGGCCCGUGGUCGUCCACUGCAGUAUGGGAGCAGGCAGAACAGGCUGUUACAUCGUACUGGACGUCAUGCUGGAUAUGGCAGAGUGUGAGGGAGUGGUGGACAUCUACAACUGUGUUAAGACCCUCUGCUCCAGACGCAUCAACAUGAUACAGACAGAGGAGCAGUAUGUGUUCAUCCAUGAUGCCAUCCUGGAGGCCUGUCUGUGUGGAGAGACAGCUAUACCAGUUAUUGAGUUUGCUCUGACCUAUAAGGAGAUGCUGAGGGUUGACUCACAGAGCAACACCUCCCAGCUACGAGAGGAGUUCCAGACGUUGAACUCUGUGACCCCUCACCUGGACAUGGAGGAGUGCAGCGUGUCCCUGUUGCCUAGGAACCGCGAGAAGAACCGUAGCAUGGACGUCCUGCCUCCCGACCGCGCCCUGGCCUUCCUGGUCACCACCGAGGGCAUUGCAGAGGGCAGCAACUACAUCAACGCCGCUCUCACCGACAGCUUCCACCGGCCCGCCGCCUUCGUGGUCACACCGCACCCGUUACCGGGAACCACAGCAGACUUCUGGAGGCUGGUCUAUGACUAUGGAUGUACCUCGGUGGUGAUGCUCAACCAGAUCAACCAGUCCAACUCUGCCUGGGUGAGAAGAGGGGAGCCGUGUCUACAGUACUGGCCAGAGCCUGGGCUGCAGCAGUUUGGACCAAUGACAGUGGAGCUCCUGUCCAUGACGGCUGAUGAUGACAUCAUCAUUCGUCUGUUCCGGGUUCAGAACAUCAUGCGGGAUCCCACUGAUCCUACCAAUCAGAGCUGUCCAGCAACAGGAACAGGGAGGGAGGAUGAUAUACACUUUCCCAGCAAGCUCCAGGAAGGUCAGCUGGUGGUUCGUCAUUUCCAGUUCCUGCGCUGGUCUCCAUACCGUGACGUCCCAGACUCUAAGAAGGCUUUCCUAAGCCUGUUGGCCCAGGUCCACAACUGGCAGAGGGAGUGUGGAGAGGGACGUACCAUCAUCCACUGUCUUAACGGUGGUGGUAGGAGCGGUACAUUCUGUGCUUGUACCAUGCUGCUAGAGAUGAUCCGUCAUCACAGCCUGGUGGAUGUCUUCUACGCUGCCAAGACACUACGCAACUCCAAACCCAACAUGGUGGAGACCAUGGAGCAGUACCGGUUCUGCUAUGACCUGGCCUUGGAGUACCUGGACGACUUGGACUGCCUGAGUGAGAUAGAAGUGAGAUAACACUGAUCCCAGAUCAGCUCAGGCCCAGUGGAAAUGGAGUGGAGUCCUGGGCCUAGCCUGAAUCUCAGCCUGGGUCCACAACACCUGGGCCUCUCAGCCUGGUCCUAGCCUGAGUCCACAGCCUGGGCCUGGGCCUAAGUCCACACUGCUUUGCUUCUCUCUCUACACUUCUACAUCUAGCACAGAUUUGUCAGACCUUCUCAACCCUAGAAGCAGUUUAGGGAUAGAGGCCUGGGACUCAGUCCGCUGUCUUAGCCUGGGUCCGGCCUGGUCCACACCACUCCGUCCUGGGUCUCCCCUUGGGUCUACAGCCUGGGUCUAGCCUAGUUCCUCCUCUGCUUCACUUCCCUCUCUUCUCUUCCCCCAGUUCUGGGUGAUUGAGUGUAUCUGCUGCCAUAACGGACCUGGACAAAAAAACUAUGAGAGAGAAAGAGAGGGAGACAGAGAGAGAUGAUGGGACAUGCUCCUACCUUCUGCCUGUUGUAUAAUGUACUAUUUUCCUUUCCCCUGCAUUCUUAUCCCAUCUGUAAGAUACUCUUCUGUUCUGUGCCACAUACAGUGGCUUGUGAAAGUAUUCACCCCCCUUGGCAUUUUUCCUAUUUUGUUGCCUUACAACCU